AUGGUCAGAACUGCAGGACUAACCCAUGACUGGCAAAACUGGGAGUGGGAGGUCAGAAGAACUAGAGGCAGGGAGAUGCGUGGGAGGAUGGCGCCGAAUUCACAGUGCACAGUAUUCACUUACUCAGCAAUUCCACAUCUACCCACUAGUUCAGGCAUUUGUUGGUAAAUACCAUUUAGCAAUGGUAUGCUGCUCUCUAACCAAAUAUCUGCAUUUAUCAUGAAUGUAUCAAAUUCCACAAUUUCUUUACCUUUUUGCAUUAAAAAAAAAGUGAUAUUUGAAAAAGACUGUCACCGUCAGCUACAUAGGUAGUGCUUUAGCUCGAAGUCAGCUCCUCCUCCUCUCUCUUUUCUCCUAGCAUCUGUCAUUGUCCCUGGUGGAUCUCUUCUUCUGGGAAGUGACUGUUUUUCUCCAUUCCUCACAAAAAUGUUGUUGACUCAUCAUCUGGAAAGGCUCAAGGGAUUGGUUUUAUUUAGAUAAAAACGACGAUUUGCAAAAACAUGGCAUAUUCUGCACAAAUCUAUCCAUACAUUCUGCCCUCCUCUAUCAGUGUUUCACUUUCAAAGGUAUAGCAUAGUAAUAAACAAUUUGAAGCAUAAUGUAAGACUAGUGACAAAUAUUUAAGAAAAUGUUUAUCUAUUGUCAAAACUUGCACAUUUCAAUCACAAUCUGACACAAUCACUUAUAAAUUAGGCUAGUCGUAUUCUUCUCCAGAUGCUUAGUAUGCUUCAAAUGAGGUCUGUUUGACAGUUAGGUAUCACACUGUGUUUCAGCAGGUCAUUGGUGAUAAUCCAAAAUUAGAGCUGGAUUAAGGAGAAGCAAGGGGUAUAGUGGUUCAGACGUAGUGUGAAGUGAGCUGUGCUUAAUUAGACAGACCUGCAGUAAACAGUCAUCACUGAGGAAUGAUGUGGUGAAGCAGCUAGGGAGAGUUUAGAAACAGACGCUCUGUACAAUGCUGCUUCACACCCUGUAUAACCUCACUGUAAACUCUCUCUCUGAAGUAUGUCAUGUGUGUCUAUGUCAACAGUAUUUGGGAUUUUAUACAGGAAAGAAAAAGUGGAAAAUGUUGUUUUGUCGAAACACUACUUCUAUCGACCAAGUACUGUAAUUCCUCUGUAUGUGUGAACCAGACAAGUUUACAGACUUCUUAACCAUUAAGGUAGCAGAUGUGGCAGCUUUCUAAUACACUCUGCCCUGUCCCCUGUCCCCUAACCCAUGACCCAGACAUACUGUAGUUGGUAACCAGACAUUUUACAUUUAAGUCAUUUAGCAGACACUCUUAUCCAGAGCGACAUACAGGAGCAAUUAGGGUUAAGUGCCUUGCUCAAGGGCACAUUGACAGAUUUUUCACCUAGUCAGCUCGGGGUUUGAACCAGUGACCUUUCGGUUACCGGCCCAACACUCUUAACCGCUAGGCUACCUGUCCCCUUUUAGCAGGGAAUUUAUGAGUCUUCUCCUCCAAUGCUCUGCUACAGAUGUAAGAUCUUAAUUUGAGUCUGUUUGCUACAGCAGGAAAAUCAUCCUGCAGCAACAGGAAAUGUGAAUUAUUAUGUGGAUUAUAAUGAAUGGACAUUUUUCUAUGGGUUGACCAAUUUUUUGUAAGGGGAAAAUCAAGUCUGAAAUUUCAAAGUGGACAUUUCAAACAUCAGAAGUCUUUUAAAACCUCAAAUACACUACAAGUAAAAAAUGUCCUGCGUUGCAGGAAAGUUAUCCUGCAACAGGGUGAUCAAAUUAAGAUCCUAUGAUCAACAAAAAUAUAGAUUAACCCUAUGAGUCAUCAUUUCUCAUUAGUCACGUGGCGGGCCAGCCCCAAUGGAGGCCCUCGGUUUUGCUUUUGCAGCCAUUUUUAGACUCAGAUGACAAACCACCAGACCGCACAGGGCCUCCCAGCUGGUGGGUAAUGGCUAACAGAAUAGGAAAAAGCCUGUUGGAAACUAUGAACACACAGCACCGCAUGCUUUUUCAUAAUGAAGACAUUGCCUGUUUAAAAAUUGUUUCAGUAUCACAUCUCUGAUAAUAUAGUAGCUUAAUGUAAUUUGUUGUGUGGAUCAUUAAAAAGGAUAUGACUGACUUGCCUGUCUUAAUUGCCCCUGAGGGGAUACAUAAAGUUGUAUUGUAUUGAAUUGAAUGACCAAUUGAUGUGAUUGUGUGAUGUCAUUGCAGGUCUUAUCUACCAGUACAAUGAGGAAACACCUGUCUCUCCUAGCCCUGGCUCUGGUUUGCUGCUGCUUCUGGAGCGUUCAGGCUGAAGUCUACACCUCUAUAGGUAAACCUAUACCCAUGUACUAUAUGGCUAUACGAUUAAGCCUCUGUAGGCACCCUUUACCAUUACAACUCUAUAAGUAGGCCAAUACCCUUACCCUUGUAUGUCUGACAUGACACCAGUCAUCCUUAGUUCUUGCAUGCCCUAAUUCCUGUCAUAAAUCAUCUCAUUUAGAAUUCUUAAGUCUAUAGGAUAUUGAAUUCAGGAUUCCUGCCUUUCCAAGCAUGUUGAUUCCGCUGUAUUUGCUGUGGACAGUAUGCUAUUGAGAAGAGAGAGCUUUACACCCCCGGCCUCCUGGGCCUCUUUGUCUUAGAGUUGACUGACAUUCUUUCUUUCGCCAAAACCUCCAGAGUGUUCAUCAGGCUUCUAAAAGUGAUCUGGAAAACAAUUAGCUAAGUCUCUGAACUCUCCUCACAUCUGUCCAGCAUAGCUAUCAAAUGAAGGAAACACCUGCUACAGACUUAGGCUUCGGAUAGUUUACAGCAUACUCCAUGGAUUUCACAUAGUUUAAGCAGCCUCAUUAAGCAUUGUUUUGAUACAACACAUAUCAGUAACUAGGCAAGUAUCUUAUAUACUUACUUUGGCUGCCAUUACCCUAAGAUAUAAAUCUUGCUUGAAGCUGUUUUGCUAUUCCUUCUGGCAACCGCAUUGAGUUCACUCUUAACUGUCUAGCGUUGCUAUGGAAUUGUUUUCUGCACACAGCAGCAUUCCCGCCCCCUUACCCCAAGAACCAUGGGUAUUUAGAAUGCUGUGUGGUUGGACACAUACCGGUAAUUCUAUACAAUCACAGCAGAGAAUGCUACAGGUGGAGACUUUUUACUUACUAAAGUCUGUGUGAGGUAACUUUAUUUUACAGACAAUUAAACCAAAGCAUAUUCUACGUCCACCACUUUCCCUUAGGAAAAUACUUGACCUGGUUGCCUAACACAUUUAUUACAAAGGUGUGCAGUAGUCUAUAACACAUUUAAUGAGUCAUUUCCAGUUUCAUAUUCAACAUGGCCCUUUUUCUUUCAACUUUCCAUUAGGUCAAAUGACAGACCUGAUAUACACAGAGAAGGAGUUGGUUCAGUCCCUGAAAGAAUAUAUUCAAGCAGAGGAGUCCAAACUUGCUGCUGUGAAAAGGUGAACAUUACACUCUGUAACCAUACGACUUUGAUAGCCUUGUUUUCAAUUAUGUUCAUUUGCCAAAAUAAGACUAGACAGAAUAGGCCCAUUUGAGAAAUGAUCUAAAAUCAGAUUGUAGCACGAUUGGAGAUCAUUCUCUACUAUACUGAACCUGACUGUUUCCUUCCCUGUGCUGUGCUGUGUUGUAGCUGGGCUAACAAGCUGGACGUGCUGACUCGUGCCUCCACUUCAGACCCAGAGGGCUACCUGGCCCACCCCGUCAACGCCUACAAGCUGAUGAAGAGACUCAACACGGAGUGGUCCGAGCUGGAGAGCCUGGUGCUGCAGGACCCCUCAGACGGUACGAUAGGGUCGGAGGGAGAGAGAGGUUACAGCUUCUAUAUAGCUCCUCUGUGUGUGGGUUUGAGGAGGCUUGUGGAAAAGAGGGUGUGAGGCCAAUUCUGAUCCAUCCUGCUCCACCCCCACAUCUGCAGAGUAGAGUGGAGCUGAGAGAGAACACAGGCUGUCAUCUUUCAUGUGCAGCUGCAUCUUUCCUCUGUUUACAUUGGCCACAUCUACAGUGUGUGUGUAUGUGUCUGUGUGUGUCUUUUGUCUUGUGUGUAUGUUUUAUCUUUGUAUGCAGUAUGCACAGCCAUGCAGCUGUGUGUAUGUGUGGACCUACCAACAUUGGCUAAAUGGAAUACCUGGAGUAAUUAUCAUUAUAAACUGGAUGAUUUGAUCCCUGAAUACUGAUUGGCUGAACGCUGUGGUAUAUGAGACCACAUACCACGAGUAUGACAAAACAUUUUAUUUUUACUGUUCUAUUUAAGUUGGUAACCAGUUUAUAAUAGCAAUAAGGCACCUCGAGGGUUGUGGUAUAUGACUAAUAUACCACGGCUAAGGGCUGUAUCCAGGCACUCCACGUUGCAUCGUGCAUAAGAACAGCCAUUAGCCGUGGUAUAUUGGCCAUAUACCACCCCCCUCCCCCGUGCCUUAUUGCUUAAUUAUAUCAGCUAGUCUCCCUUGUGUGUCCCUGGAGAGCUCUUAGCCUAUGCAUGGCUAGCAUCACAGUUUACAUUCUCUAGUUAUCUUAACCUCACACAUUACAUUAUCACACAUCAUAGCAGUCCACACCAGGCAACUCCACUGCAGAUGUUCUGUGCUUGAUGCCUUGAUGCCUUUGACUCUUUGUUUGCAUCCCACAUGGUACCCUAUUCCCUAUAUAGUACACUACGUUUGACCAAAGUCCCUAUCAAAUCCCUGGUUAAAAGUAGUGAAUAGGGUAGUAUUUGGGACGCUGCAUUUGAUUCACAAGAUUUGAAUCAUUUUUCACUGCUUCACUCUGUGUCUCUAUCACUGUGUUCCCUCCUCAGUGUUCAUCUCCAACAUGACAGUACACAGGCAGUUCUUCCCUGACGAGGAGGAUGAGAAAGGUGCUGCCAAGGCUCUGAUGCGUCUCCAGGACACGUACAAACUGGACUCAGAGAGCUUCUCCAACGGCAAACUGCCAGGUGAGGCUCUAUCCUCUCCUUGACUCAUCCCUACUCUUUGUGUGUGAACAGUCACUCAAACCCUGCCAAGGAAGAUUCCAGAAGGCUCCAGAUGUGUUAUCACAGUGGCUGCAUCCCAAAUGGCACCCUAUUCCCUACAUAGUGCACUACUUUUGAUCAGAGCGCUAUGGGCCCAGGUCAGAAGUGGUGCACCAUAUAGGGAAUAGGGUGCCAUUUGGGAUAUAGACAGUGUGUGAGCUGAGCAUUUCUCAGCCUGCCCUCCCAGCACUAUCAGACCGCUAAGUGCUACUGCAGAGAUCGGUUUCUAUUUCUUCCAGCCAGAUGUCUACCCUCUCCAGAAAUGCAAGCUCAAACAGAACAGUCUUGAUACCAACAGCAAAUGCUGUGGCCACACAUUCACUAUCUUUUAUGACAAACGUACAUCCUAUCCUAGUAUUGCACACCCCACCAAGUCUGGGAACUCUGUCAGAAAAAGGUUGCAAAAGCAGAGUGUUUUGAUAUGACCCUCUUACUGCUGCUAUAGCAACAUACACUACAGUAUCAUAACACCAUUAUGGAUUUAUGGAGCACUCUCAUGGAGUAACCUCAUGAACAGUUGAUAAACAAAUCAUAAACAGUUAUUACCGGGAAACCUCAAACAGAGCAGAAUGGUGCUGUAUUGACAAAAUGGUACACUAUACUAUACUAUACCUGCAGGGAUGCACCACAACGCCAUCCUGACAGUGGAUGACUGUUACGACAUGGGGAAGACGGCGUACAAUGAGGCAGACUACUACCACGCGGUGCUGUGGAUGCAGCAGGCCCUCAAGCAGAUUGAUGCAGGGGAGGAGCACGUGGUGUCCAAGGCCGAUGUCCUGGACUAUCUCAGCUACUCCGUCUACCAGAUGGGAGACCUGCCCCGUGCCAUCGAGCUGACACGCCGCCUAGUGGCCAUCGGUAGGACACACACAUGACAUACUGCUGUUUUAUAUCCAGGAGCUGAUUAUUAGGGGUGUUUGACAACAGGAGAGAUGUCUUUCUCUCGCACUCUCUCAUACCCUCUCUCACACAUUCUCACUUUCUCAAUGUCUUCUACUCUCACUUUCCCUCACACAUUCUCACUCUCAUUAACACACUCACACUUCCUCAAAUACUCUCAUAUUCUCGCACAUUCUCACAUAAUCACCCUCUCAAAACCUCUCGUAUACGUCCAGAGUUCCAGGGUGUAACCCAAAGAGUGGUCAUGGUUUACUAUUUUGAACUGCAUCAGGGAUGUUGUUGUCUGUUAAAGGCUGCAAUUAUGGAGUUCUGGUUACUUUGUUUGAAUGUGAAGUUAAAUGGACCGAGCCCAAGGUCAACAACUAGGAAGAUCUACCAGCACUGUCAUAUUUACCAAGUAAAGAAUCAGAUUUAAAAUAAUAACAUUAGCUACUGUAGUUAGCUAGAGUAACAUAUUGUUGGGUAGUUGUCUCUAGUUUUGGUAUCUUUUUUACAGCUGUCUGUGACCCCAAUUCCCAGUGUGAUUGUGGCAGGAAACGUGCUACUUUUAACUCUUCAAAGCCUUUGAAGUAGACAAAGGGAAAUGCCGUACUAGGGAGUUGGUAUAAAAUGUUUGUUGUAGCGGUUCCUGUAAUUCCAAAUGAAAAGACAACUGGACCUAACUAAAAUAAAUGAAUGCCUUUUUGCUAUACUGCAUUAAAUCCUUUAUCAUGCCUCUCAUCCCAUUACAUGUAAUAGCAAUUUUGAAAUAACUGGCUCCAAAGACCACAAGUGGGCAUCUUAUUUCAGACAUUCAAUGUAAGUGUUUAGGCCUAUUUCCCUUGGUACUCAAAACUGAUGUAUUUUGUUUGGUUAUAGUAGCAUCACACAGAGAGACAGUUUAUUUUCACUCAAACCAUUGAUGAGAGUUAAACGUUGUUGAAUUGUGUCAUGCCAUCACACAAUUCCCUCAUAUUCCCCAUGUCCUCUUAAUCUGCCGAACUGCAACACCCAUGGUGUCCUUACAGACUCUAGCCACCAGAGGGCAGGAGGGAACCUGCGUUACUUUGAGAAGCUGCUGUCCAAGCAGCUGAAGGAGCUGAACCAGGAGGUCCAGGAGCCAGCCACAGAGGAGCCCAUCCAGCUGGGGACCUACAAGAGACCCAAGGACUCCCUGCCUGAGAGGGAGAUCUAUGAGGGCCUGUGCAGGGGAGAGGGAGUCAAAAUGGUGAGACUGACUGAAUCGUAUAACACACAGAUAGGGAUUUAUAAGUAAGGAGCAUGAGAUGUAGCCUGGUCCCAGUAUGUGCUAUCAUGUCAACUCCUUGUCACUCGUUGUCAUGGCAUGACAAGGAGUGAUAUGGAGUUGACAAGAGAGCAUUAGCAGACAGGGAUUUACAUGAUAUGGUGUCAGAAGGGGGAUGUCUAAAAACGACACUGUUAUUUAUUCCGUAUGUUGAGUGGUAAUGUGAGGGAACUUUUAGAGAGGUGAUGUGAGGUAACUUAACAGGGUUUGGGAGAGGAGAUGUGAAUUCCUGUCUAACUCCCACACCCUCAACCCAUCCCACCCCAUCCAGACCACUGAGAGGCGCAGCCGGCUGUACUGCCGCUACCAUGACGGGAACAGGAACCCUCGCCUGCUGCUCCAGCCCAUGAAGGAGGAGGACGAGUGGGACAGCCCACAUAUCGUCCGCUACCUCAACGCCCUGUCAGACUCAGAAAUUGAGAAGAUUAAGGAGCUGGCCAAGCCCAGGGUAAGAGGAGCAGUAAACAGUACCAGCAGGGCCACUAUAACCUCGCAGAUUAUCUCUAUUUUUAGAUAUAAUACUAUACUGUAUGUCUUAGUGGUAGUAUUGAAACAUAAUCAUAAGGUGGUGAAUGUCCAAGGAAAAUGAAAUGUUACAAAUACUGUAUGUCAAUAUUUAUUUAUACUUGUCUGUAUAUCUUUGUAUAGCUUGCAAGAGCUACUGUUCGAGACCCAAAAACAGGCGUUCUGACCACAGCAAACUACAGGGUAUCAAAAAGGUGAGUUAUUAUGGGUAAGCAGGGUUUUGGCGCCCUCUGUGGAUCAUGUUUAGCUAUGCUUAAUCUCUGGGUGAAUGAGUGUUGUUGUUAUGUCGAGUCAGUGGAUGUGUUGUCCUUCAGUGCCUGGCUGGAGGGGGAGGAGGACCCUAUUAUUGAGCGUGUCAACCAGAGGAUAGAGGACAUCACAGGUCUGACAACGCAGACUGCCGAGUUACUCCAGGUACACACCACAUACUAUAUAGGACCGUACAUGCGUUCUACCUGUUAGACACGCAUAUUACCUAACACUGGAUACCAUUUUCUGGUGGCUCACUGCUAGAAUACCCCUGUUCACUAUUUGUGAAACUGCAAUGACAUUUUUAACAGACACCUGGUUUUGUGUGACUAGUCUUAAGCUUCAGAUGUUGUCAAAUAAUUCAGCUUCUUCUCUUUUCACUGAACAGAUUGCUAACUACGGGGUCGGAGGACAAUAUGAGCCACAUUUUGAUUUCUCCAGGGUAAGGGUAACCUCUAGACAGACUAAAAUUGCUCUCUGUUGCAUCUGAAAAGGGAUGCAACAGGCAUGCAAUGGUUUAUCCUGCUGGGUUCUAUGGAGAAGUAUGUUUUCCCGUGUAUGUUGACUUGUGAUAAAAAAUUACUUCCGUAGCACACACAUUUACCGCUGCGCUGUUGACAGUGUUAGCUGUCAACAUGCAAGACAUUGUCUAAGACAAAUGUGGACCUAUAAAGUUUUGGCAGGGGGUUCUCCAUAUCAUUGAUCAUCCACUGCUAGAAUAGUAUGUAAUCUUAAGAGAGGCCCUGAAUUCCUAUAUGGCAGAUUGCCAAACGAGACCUAGGUAUUAUCUCAAAUGGCACCAUAUUCCCUAUAUAGUGCACUACUUUUGACCAGGGCUCUGGGACGCAUCUAGGGAUGCAUAUUCCUAGAAGGAGAAUACUUUUUCUAGUAAUAAUAUAAAUCAUCACAUUUUCACACAUAAUCACGUUUUUCCAUGCAUGCUGCCUUUGAUAUGUGGUGAUUGAGUUAUGGAGUUCAUUAAAAACACAUUCAAUACACGUUCAGAAGUUGUUUUAUUUUAAGUUUUUGUCAAAAAGAUCACAGCAGGAUGAAGAUUGCAUUUUUAACCUCGGGCACAGUUGAAGUUUUUAUAGUGAGUACUGUGUGUAUAUUUCUUCUGUCUGGAAGGUUUCAGACUGUGCACUCAAGAUGCCCGGGGUCACCACCCACUUGUAGACAGUAGCUCUACUGAUUCCCAGUGUUGCUCAUGGGAGCUGCACAAAGCAUCAAUUGACUUCAUGAAAAGAUAUCCAUAUAAUCUAAUCAUCUAAUUAUUCAAUAUUAUAUUAUUUUCGAUACACUGAAUAUUCAAUAGUUGCUCAUAUUUUGUGAAAUUGGUUAGGCCUCACUGAUUUUCAGUAACUAUGUUAAGUCAAACAGAUGUUAAUAAUCAAUUUAGUUAUAGGGCCCUAGUGGCGGGAUCCUAGAGUUAUUCAUUUCAGUCUGGGUUAAAAGUUAUAAACAUUUGUUGCAGCGUCCUCAGGACAUCAUGGUCGAUGGAAAUAGACUUGCUACCUUCCUGAACUACGUAAGUACAUGUCUCUGUGUGUGUUCAACUUGUGUUUUACUCUCAAAUUUUAUCUUCAUAGAAAGAUGAACCUGAUGCUUUCAAAACAUUAGGCACUGGAAAUCGUGUGGCUACUUUUUUAAAUUACGUAAGUAUGCGUAACCAGUUGCUGCUGUCAAUUUAUAGUAGCAAUUUACAGUAGCAGUUACUGAUAUAGAUUUGGACUCUUCUUUUUGGGUCUCCAUUUUGUAUAAUGUUUGUUUUUGGCAGAUCCAUGACCUCUAUUUGAAUAUUGGACUUCAAUUGAUUGACAUUUCCAUGUUUGUCAAACAUCUGACAAUCAGUGUUACCGCAUACUCAUACCAUCACUAACCUAGUAGAUGGUUGUCGGAAGAAACGUGAUAAAAUACUGGACAUUUACCGUUGGAGUCUCUGUCUGUCAAUUUCAGUGCAUAUUGCGGUGUGUUGUACCCCCUACCCCAUAACAUGCUAUCUCGUUUCUUGGUCCAUGCUAAUACAAUAUAAUGCAUGAUGUGAGUGUGUAAAUAGAGAAGAAUGCCAUGCUUUGCAGAACUACAGCGCUUUUGGAUGAUUCAUUUUUCUACUGCACUUCUGUCUAGUUGAAUGGCUGGCUCUUAUGGACUUGGUGUUGGUGUAUAAUAGUAUAAUGGUGUAUGAUAAACAUAUUAUGUUUAGUGUCAUUAAACAAUUUGUCAUAGUUUCAAGACUUUCAAGACACUUAUUUAGAUCUUCAGUAGUCUUUACAUUGCUAUUAUUAUUAUUUUUAAAUUAAGAUCACUUUAUUCGUCAAUUGUACACAUGGUCCAAUAGAAAUGUAACUUUGCUUUAUCCCAACCCCUCUGAAAGACACAUGUAUACAUAUACAGGUUGGAGCAGGGGGCUGCCACACUGGGCGCCCAUGGAACAGUUGUUAUGGGUGGUUAAGUGCCUUGCUCAAGGGCACAACAACAAGCAAUGUCAUGUAGGAUUUGAUACCGUCAGACCUGGGAUUAUAACUGGCAACAUUCCGGUUGCUGAGUCCCCUCUCUAACUGAUAGGCUACCUGUAACUUGUAUCAUUACACACCUGUUAUAACAGUGUAUCCUUGUAAAGUCAGUACACAUUUCUUACAGUAUAGUAAAUUCAUAAGUGCAGUUACUGUAUAUCAGUAAAGCCAGCUGACAGGGUUUUGUUUUCCCUGACAGAUGAGUGAUGUUGAAGCGGGAGGAGCAACUGUGUUCCCAGACUUUGGAGCAGCUAUCUAUCCCAAAAAGGUGAGAGACAAACCAUUUACCUACUCUUACACAAGUACAGCCCUCAUCACUAUAGGGCCAGGAGCUUUUCCUGACCAUGUGACCUGGUCAGGAAAAACUCUUGGCUCUAGAUUUUCCUGGUCGGGUCACAUGGUCAGGGAAAACUCCUGGCCCUAUUCAUCAAAUAUAUGUAACCCUGGGUUGAGAGGGCACACAAUAUCUUAUAGUGGUCCAUCAUGUCAAUGCAGUGGUGACUUACAUGUGCUGAACAGGGUAUGUCUCCUCUAUGUGUGUCCACAGGGAACUGCAGUCUUCUGGUACAACCUCUUUAGGAGCGGAGCGGGAGACUACAGGACCAGACACGCUGCCUGUCCUGUGUUAGUAGGAAGUAAAUGGGGUGAGUUGGAUGGAGAGUUUAAUCCAAACACACAAGCAGCCUCUAAUCUCAAUAUCAAUAAAUUCAUUGGUGUCAGUCAUUUGAUGUGUUUCUUUGACUACUUCCUAGUCAGUGUUCCUUGUAUGUAUCUCUAUUGUAUCUCUCACGUAGGCUGCAAUCAAACCUUCAUAGCAAUGUUACUGCAGGGUCGUUCCAUAUCAAAAAGCACAAGAAAGAGGAUUUUGACACCUACCAUCUCAGAUUGUUCUGAAAUCGUUUCUGUAGUUCGAAACAGAUAAGAUUUUCAUUCCUGAAACAUUAUUUUGUCAAAAUAUAAUUUGAUCUUUGAGAAAUGAAGAUAAGUGAUUGCACCCAAAUUGCUCAUGAUGAAAAUACUGUAAAUUAUGUGGUCAUACAAGUCAAGCCAGUUCUCCAUGAAAUAAAUGUUGUUGGCCUUCUCUUAGCAACCAUUUUUGGAUUCCUCAUGUCUUACUCAUUGGUAAGAAGAAGUUUGGUCCAAAUCGGAGGUUGGGUACUAUAUUUAUUGAAUAUUAUAUGAAUCCUAUCAAAUAAAAUGGCCAAUUUGGGUGCAAUCAAUUAGAUUAAUUUCUCAACGAUGAAAUUAUAUUUCAACAAAAUAAUGUUGAAGGAAUGCUUAUCUUAUCUGUUUCUAACAAUCUGAGAUGGUGGGUGUCAUGGCUUGAGCAAAUGACAUAGAAAGUCUGCCUGCACAUACACUUACAGUACCAUCAGAAAGUAUUCACAACCCUUUACUUUUUUGUGUUACAGCCUGAAUUUAAAAUUGAUUAAAUUGGGAUGUUUUGUCACUGGCCUACACACAAUGCCCCAUAAUGUCAAAGUGAUAUUAUUUUUUCUAAAUUUUUACAAGGUAAUUAAACUUAAAAGCUGAAAUGUCUUGAGUCAAUAAGUAUUCGACUCCUUUGUUAUGGCAAGCCUAAAUACAUUUGCUUAACAAGUGACAUAAUAAGUUGCAUGGACUCACUCUGUGUGCAAUAAUAGUGUUGAAUGACUACCUCAUCUCUGUACCCCACACAUACAAUUAUCUGUAAGGUCCCUCAGUCGAGCAGUGAAUUUCAGUGAACAAAGAUUCAGCCAAAAAGACCAGGGAGGUUUUCCAGUGCCUCGCAAAGAAGGGCAUGUAUUGGUUGAUGGGUUAAAAUAAAAAAAGCAGACAUUGAAUAUCCCUUUGAGCAUGGUGAAGUUAUGAAUUACACUUUAGGAUGGUCAUUACACCCUGUCAUUACAAAGAUACAGGCAUCCUUCCUAACUCAGUUGCCAGAGAAGAGGGAAACCACUCAGGGAUUUCACCAUGAGGCCAAUGGUGACUUUAAAACAGUUACAGAGUUUUUAAUGGCUGUGAUAGGAGAAAACUGAGGAUGGAUCAACAACAUUGAAGUUACUCCACAAUACUAACCUUAUUGACAAAGUGAAAAGAAGGAAACCUGUAUAGAAUAAAAAUAUUCUGAAACAUGCAUCCUGUUUGCAACAAGGCACUAAAGUAAUACUGCAAAAUAAAUGUGGCAAAGCAAUUAACCUUUUAAGCAUAGUGAUGGCUGCAUCAUGUUAUGGGUAUGCUUGUAAUCGUUAAGGAAUGGGGAGUUUUUCAGGAUAAAAAAGAAACGGAAUGGAGCUAAGCACAGGCAAAAUCCUAGAGGAAACCUGGUUAAGUCUGCUUUCCAUGAGACACUGGGAGAUGAAUUCACCUUUCAGCCGGACAAUACAUCAAAUUAAAUGUUAUUUGUUGCAUACACAUAUUUAUAUAUAUGUGUGUGUGUGUGUGUAUACAGUGCAUUCAGAAAGUCAUGAUCAACUCUGAGAUGGAGAUGUGUCGCGCUGCAUGAGGCAAAUGGUGGUCACGCCAGACACUGACUGGUUUUCUGAUCCCUACCUUUUUUUAAGGAAUCUGUGACCAUCAGAUGCAUGUCUGUAUUCCCAGUCAUGUGAAAUCCUUAGAUCUGGGCCUAAUGAAUUUAUUUAAAUUGACUGAUUUCCUUAUAUCAACUGUAACUCAGUAAAACCUUUGAAAUUGUUGCAUGUUGCAUUUAUAUUUUUGUUCAGUAUACUUGAAAAUCUAUGGCAAGACCUGAAAAUUAUUGUCUAGCAAUGAUCAACAACCAAUUUGACAGAACUUGAAGAUUUUGAAAAUAAUAAUGGGCAAAUGUUGCACAAUCCAGGUGUGGAAAGCUCUUAGAGACUUACCUAGAAAGACUCACAGCUGUAAUUGCUGCCAAAUGUGCUUCUACAAAAUAUUGACUCAGGGGUGUGAAUCCUUAUGUAAAUAAGAUAUUUCUGUAUUUCAUUUUCAAUAAAUUUGCCAUAAUUCCUAAAAACAUGUUUUCACGUUGUCAUUAUGGGGUAUUGUGUGUAGAUGGGUGAGUUUUAUUUUUUUUUCCAUUUGGAUUUUAGGCUGUAACACAAGAAAAUGUGGAAUAAGUCAAGUGGUAUGAAUACUUUCUGAAGGCACCGCACUUUGAGAAUAGGAAGCAUCUACCUGUGAGUGGAGUCUUCCUGGUAGUUGUAGGUUUUAACAGAGCCCUAGUGUCACACAUUGGAGAUAAUUGAGACUGACACUGAAUUGAGACUGACAUACAUUUAUUUUUAUCUGUUGCCAGUGUCCAACAAAUGGAUCCACGAGCGAGGUCAGGAGUUCAGGAGGCCAUGUGGCAUGACAGAAGUGGACUGAACUUGACCUCUCACCCCUAACCCCUGGCUGGAGGAGUACACUCCACCUGCAGUGCCUGAACUUUUGAUUGAUCACACACACACACACACACACAAACACACACACAAACACACCUACUGUGGUAUCCAUUAUGGCUUUUAACAAUGAUCUGAAGCUUGGGACUCUGCAGUAACUAUGCAGAUAAAGAGAAAUGGAUUUGUGAAUGCAGAUUAAAGUCUCUGAUUUCUUGUUUUGUUUACAUGUUAUUUGUUUAGCAUUCAGAUGUUUUAUACAAAAAUGACUUAUGAAUAACCACAUACUGACUGCACAACCCUAUCAGAACUUACUGCUUCAUCUGUUCCUGUCCAUUUCGUUUGUAUUUAUAGACUGCUUAAAUUAUUACACUGUAUGAUUGUGACAUUUUUUUAUAGAAUAAACACUGUCUUUUAUUAGAAGUGCAGUAGGUCUACAUUCAUUAUUGUGAUGGCUGAUCUCUCUGCCGGCUCUGUCAAAUUAAGUCGUUAUGAGGUUUUGCCUAGUCCUAACCUAUUUUAUGAUUUCGUUUUUUUCAAUUAGCCUAAAAUGGGCUAAGGCUCAUGAUUUAUAUCUGACAGCCUGAUAAAUCCCAUCAACGCUGCCUGCAUGAUCUAAAUGCAAGAAAAAAGGACUAGUCAACAUCAGAUAUGAACAACUUCAGGAGUUAGCCACUAGCUGAUGGGAAGCUGCCUGAGGGUCAGUCUGUUUGUGCUAUCAUGCCUACAGAUAUGAGACCAGGCUAGAUGGGAAGGCCUAUAUGGUAACCUUGUGAACAAAGUUGUGUAACGUUACUGUUUCAUAAUGUCAUCACCACCAUUUGAGAAAUGCUAUUCAUGUAUGUUAAGCAAUGCCAUCAUCACCACCUAGUAAGGAUGACAUGUUUUCCAGAUUAACACAUCCCAACUGUUCCCGACAGAGAAUUGUAGCAAAGCGGUGAUGAGUGCGCCAUUUCUCCUACAAACAUGGGGCUUGUUCCUCUGCCCAGGCGUUGAUGAUGCAUGCCAGAUUUUACAACGCCUGGAUAGGUAUUUUAAGUACCAUAUGUUAUAGCAAUCUGGUGUCCGACAGCACAGUUGAUGACCUGGUACGCAACCAUUGGUGGAUGCAUCCAAUGUCUGAGCAGGGUAACGUGACCAAACUCUAUGGGCGCUUUCAACAUUGCAGUCGAUUUUAAAGGUGAGUCAAGACUGACUAGUCAAAUCACCUACAAAAUAACUACUCAAUAUUAUUUGUAGAUCAGUCAGUCACAAUUUACCCAUGCUACAUCACGGUUUUGAUGCUCUCGAACAAGGACUAAUGGACAGGGACUCAUUUCCGAGCAGACUGCGAUUUGGUAACAUCUCAGCCUUUACCCUGUAACUCAUUACAGUAAUGUUGUUGUCAACAUUUUCCCUGACUUUGAGUAAGUUAUUGUUCCAGUAUUCAAGAAAACCACCUAGUUGCCUUUUUCUCUUUCAUCUUUUGAGAUAUCGCUUUUGACUCAAUCGAAUGUUCGGUUCACGAGAAAAAGAUUUGAUGAGAAAAAAUCCAAUAUGGUGGACCGUAUGGGUCCUUGAGGCAAAUUUGGUCCUUAUAAUGAGAAACACUUAAUUACCAAGUUUCGGGAUUUAAUGUCAAGCGGAGCGGCGGGGCUGAGCCUUAGACUUUGAAUGCAUAUUACAGCACCACCUAUGGGCCAAUGUGUGCUGUUUUUGGUGUCUGUGAGUAGCAGUGUUGAUAUACUUUGAUAUUGCCUGUGAGACACGGUACCUUAAUAUUUGAUGUUCAUAUUUCCUGGAAUCUUGGUUCGUUUUGUCUGAACAUUUGAUCUACACUGAGUGUACAAAACAUUAGGAUCACCUUCCUAAUUUUGAGUUGCACCCGCAUUUGCCCUCAGAACAGCCUCAAUUCAUCAGGGCAUGGACGAAGGUGGCGAAAGCCUUCAACAGGUAUGCUGGCCCAUGUUGACUCCAAUGCUUCCCACAGUUGUGUCAAGUUGGCUCGAUGUCCUUUGGGUGGUAGACCAUUCUUAAUACACCCGGGAAACUUUUGAGCGUAAAAAACCUGGAAGUGUUGCAGUUCUUGACACACUCAAACCGGUGCGCCUGGCAACUACUGCCAUACCCCGUUCAAAGCCACUUAAAUAUUUUGUCUUGCCCAUUGGCACACAUACACAAUCCAUGUCUCAAUUCUUAAAAAUCCUUCUUUAACCUGUCUCCUCCCCUUCAUCUACACUGAUUUUAUUUGAUUUAACAAGUGACAUCAAUAAGGGAUCAUAGCUUUCACCUGGAUUCACCUGGUCAAUCUAUGUCAUGGAAAGAGCAGGUGUUCCUAAUGUUUGGUACACUCAGUGUAUAUGGGAACCCAUGUACUGUAGAUGAGAUCAGCUGUGGGCCUACACGUAAAGGUCUCAUUCCCACCUCUCUGCCAUGAUAUCUCCAAACUGCCUUGUUCCAUAACCGUCUAAUUUGCACUUACCCUACUAUGACUGUGGGACAUCUUACCAUGUGCUUCUAUUUAAGUAUUGACUGAACACAGGAAAGAAAUGUUAAUGUUACCGCACAAGUCUAAUUUACUAUCUGUCCACACCCAUAAAUACUUUUCUUAAAGACUUUUCUCUCUACGCGCAGACUCCCUUAGCCUUGUUUGGAUAUUAUGUCAAAUUGCUGUCCACAUUCCCUAGAUAUCCUCUCAUGACAGGUUUGUAUGUUGAUGAGGGUGCACUUUGUGGUUCAUUUGAGACAAACAGAUGACACCCUAACAGAAUACACGUGUUGGGUAAGAGAGUUCCAUGUAAGAGUUACGAAAUAGGAGGAGUUGCUACAGAUGUUGUUUUUCCCCAUGUAUUACACAACGUUGGUCAUCCACAUCUCUGCACUACCUGGCCCUGGCCAAAAAUAGUGCACUAUAUAGGGAAUAGGGUGCCAUUUGGGACUCAGCCUAUGAUUCAUAAGCAUGGCUUUAUGUCUUCUGGUGUUUCACCAUAAAUGAAGCCAUGUACACAACCUGUCAUUACAAGGAUUAACAGUAGUCCAUGGUGGUAUCUCCAUAAACCUGGUUCAGUUCAAUGCUAAAUACUCAGUUAAACUAAAUGCAUUUCUACUUAGGCGUUAUGACACAUACGCCAACAGGGAGGUACAGUAGUAGGGGUUUAGCGCCUACAUGGUUUUGCACAACUUCCUGCCAUUUUGCUCCCUCUGUCUAUCUCUUGUUUACAGCAUUUGUAAGACAAUGUGGCUAACACGCUCUUACUUGUACCAUAAUCUGUGGCCUUAAACUGUUACAGUAGGUUACUCAAUUGAGAGUAGUGCGAAUGAAAAUAUGCUCUAAUUGCCAUGACUGUGCUUUAUGAAAACUGUAGGCGCAAGUGACUCAAGAUGUAAGGGUUUGACCAGACUCAUUGACGUGGACAUGUUUGGCUUCUAGACUGCCUUUGGAAUAGUGUGUCUUUCAGAACAUAGUAGUUGUAUCUUACCACAGGAUUUCUGCUUUGGACUCUCAUCUUGGAAUCUGAGAAGAAUAAGAUUUUAUUUGCUGGUUCUACAUCAACAUUGGGUAUAUGUGGAGUUUUACUGAAAUAGGGUUAGAGCUGUGCGACUAGCCAAGAAAUGGAAGCAAAUUGUCUUCGACGUGUGGUUUUAUUAUUGCUGAUAGGCUGGACUUUCUGUGCUGAAGAGACUGAGUUCUACUCCUCUACAGGUAAAGUUAUCAUAUACAUUUUUAGAUGCACAUUCACUGAAUCAAUACCUUAUAGUCAGGAUUGAGGUCAGUCACAGAUUUGUGAUUAAAGAGGAUUCACUAUUAGUGUAUGUGCACCUCUGUGUCUAUGAGCGUCAGAUGGUAUUCAUGGGGAAUGGCAUUUUCCCCUUCCUGACAGAUCACAUGAUGGAGCUGGUUGUCAUUGAGCGGAGCCUAAUCCAGAGCCUCAGAGAUUACAUCACAGCACAGAAACAAUGCAUAGACCGAUUCAACAGGUGACAGUGCAGAGGGUAGUGGGUUUAUGUGAAAUUUCCACUUCCACUGUCACAUAAUAUUCAGCAAUUAACCUCAUUUAUCCAUUGCGGGAAACUGGGUCCUUGUGAUUCCACUUAAAAGUGAUAUAUCUUUUGGCACAAUAAUUAAGUCUAAGUCCUCUAAAAAGAGAGUUGCAAUUAGUUUUUAUUGUUUUAUUGAUCUUAUUGGCAAUAAAGAAAAAAAUAACGAAUACUCCUAGAUUGCUGUCAGGAAAUCUUCAUUUUCUGAAAAAAAUAAAAAAUGUUGCCUGUGUGUUUCGGCCCCAUUCUGGUCUUCACCAGGGUAGGUGGACAUGUAGAUACAGUAUGUGGCUGUUGAAAGAAAAUGAUCAUUUUCCAACCGUAAUCUAGGAGUUUUUAUUUUUUUUAUUUUUUGUGGCUUCUGGUGCCACAGGUCCUACAUACUCUUCUGCUGGUCUCAGAUAAUCAUAUUUUCUAAUAAUCCAACACAGUGUUCUUGAAGCCUGUGAAAAUGCCUCUGGAGACUUCCCAGAGGACCUGGAAAAACACAUCAGCAACCCUUUCACUGCAUACAAGCUGGUGCGAAGACUGAGGCAGGAGUGGAACAUGGUGGAACAAGUUGCCAAGACAUGUUCUUCAUAUAUUGAAGGUAGUGAUCUAAUAUCUUGAAUUUGAAUUAACAUCAUUAGAUGUAUACAGUAUCCACAUAGUAUCUAUCUGCAAGAUAUACACACUUCCACUGUUGAUUUAAGCCUUGAAUUUAGGGGGGAUGAUCUUUGUUUUCAGUUUGUGUGUGCGUGUACGUGUUAAUACAACAUCAUGUUUUUAUGGAUCGAUGAUGCAGAUUAAGCUUUCGCGGUCUCCCCUCCCCUUUGGACAUAAAGAACAUAUACUGUAUGUAAGAGUGCUGGCAUUACUUAUUGACUUGGUCUGCAUGCAGUUUGAGCAUGUGCUUCUGACCUUUUGUUCAGACAGACAGAGAGGGGUGAAUGUGGCUGAUUCUGACCCACAGUAUGGAUCCUUGUUCCCAAAAAAGAUGAAUGGCACCUCUCCCACACUGCCUGAGACCUGACACUGUACUGUACUUUACACUGGAGAUCCCACAGGCCUCCUCUAUGGAACUUUUAAUACCCCUCGUUAGUCUUUAUGUAUCCCAUUGUAUAGGGAUCCCCCUCACAUAGGGCGUCCUCCACAAAGUUAUAUUUUUUUUAAUCACAGAUAUUAUCUACAAGGCUUGUAAUCUAAUCUAUGUUCACCUUAUUACAACUAUUGGUUGUAUAAGUGUGUCUUAAAUAACCGUAAUCAAACUUACUCAAGGUUACACAAGACCAUUACUAAACCAGUUAUGCUUGGACAUAAAAUAUUAAGUGUGACCACAAGACCCAAGGUGUGUCCCAAAUGGCACCAUCUUCCUAAUAUAGUGCACUACUUUAGGGCUCUGGUCAAAAGUAGUGCACUAGGGAAUAAUAGUGUGGCAUUUUGAACGCAGCCUUACUCAACCUUACACAACUCCAUUACUAAACCAGUUACGUAUGCUUGGAAAUGAAUGUGUUAAAAGUGACUAGACCCAGUGUCCAUUAAUUCUUGUUCCAUUUCUCCCUGCCGUGUUUAAACCUUUCCCAUACAUCUAGAUUUCCUGGCUAAUGUAUCACUGGUCUCCCAGCGGCUCCCCAGUGAGAAGGACAUGGAUGGGGUUGCACUGGGUCUCGUGCGUCUACAGGACAUAUACAGACAACAGCAAAUGCAAAUCAUUAUAGUAGAUGUGUCAGGUGAGACUAACCUGGGAACUGUACAUCUACGAACAUUUAGUGUGUAAUCAUUCUGGUAAAUCACACCAUUGCAGUUUAAGCCUCCUAAGAAUAGUCAUUUUCCUAGUCAUUUUCUCUUAAUAGCAACAUACCUAAAUUGACCAUUCAAUGAUCACAAUUGCUUGAUGAUUUCUGUAAGAUUAAUCAUUUUUGUGCUUUAUUGGGCAAAAAAAACUAUAUUUAGUACUUGAGUAAUAUCUUUCCUUUAAACUAACAUUGGACUAAACACAUCACAAACAAUAAUCAACAGUCCUCUUUGCCCUCAAUGGCUCUGGACCACAAUAACUCAGCAAGCCACUCAUCCAGGGUUACCAGGUCAAGCUAAAAUUCCUAGCCCAAUGAAGGCUAAAAACCUGUCCAAAAGGCUUGAAAACUAGCCGUUUUUUUUCACAGCAAGAGAGGAGUUGCCAUAUUUAUACAAUAUUAUUUUUUCUCCAUAAUGUUAUCGAGCCAAUUAAGAAGGAAUAUCAUAGUAACUUGUAAUGAUGUUAGAAGCAAAAUUCAGGUUUCCUCAAAAUAAUAAUUAUUGCAAGCUAUGACAUGACGUAAUAAAGGAAUUUGAAUAUGUGGCAAGAGAAAAGAUCAUUCGCAUUCAUUAAACUCGCCAGAUCAGGAGGUAUGGUAUAUGGCCAAAAUACCAAGGCUCUGGGCUGUUCUUAAGCAUUACGCAAUGCAGAGUGCCUGGAUACAGCCGUUAGCUGUGGUAUAUAUAUAUAUUUUUUAAAUUAACUUUUAUUUAACUAGGCAAGUCAGUUAAGAACAAAUUAUUAUUUACAAUGACGGCCUACACCGGCCAAACCCGGACGACGCUGGGCCAAUUGUGCGCCGCUCUAUGGGACUCCCAAUCACGGCCAGUUGUGAUACAGCCUGGAAUCGAACCAGGGGGUCUGUAGUGACGCCUCAAGCACUGAGAUGCAGUGCCUUAGACCGCUGCGCCACUCGGGAGCCCAAAAUGGGCCAUAUACCGCAGACCCUGGGGGUGCUUUAUUGCGAUUAUAAACUGUUUACCAACAUAAUUACAACAGUAAAAGGUAAUGUUUUUCAUAUCCGUGGUAUAUGGCCUGAUAUACCACGGCUUUCAGCCAAUCAGCAUUCAGGGCUUGAACCAGGUUUCUAAUUGUAAAUAAACCCUCUUUGCGCAUGUGCAUAACUAUAGAUAUAUCCGAUAGGUGAGUGCUGAAAAUUGGACAGAGGAUCUCGAAAUCUCUGAGCAAGAAAACUUGGAUGAACAUAAAAAACAAAUGUUAGGCUAUUUUCUGCCAAUUGUGCUGUUAUUAUGUGCCAAAUGUUAAGACUACAAACGGCCCAUUUGCGAGAUUUACUUGUCAUUUCAAUAGGCAUAGGCUACAGACUAAAAUCUGGGAUUAUGAUUGUAAUUCAAUGUUGCCAUGGUUUGCUUGGAUAAAGUCAGGAAGCAUAUAGCCCCUGAUAGGCCUACAUCUCAUUUCAGAUAGUCUACAGUAGCCUAGACAAGAUGUAGGCAAUAUGUAAACUGAACGAUUUAGCAGCUUGCUUAGUUCAAAUUAACACACUAAUUUAUUCAACAUGAAUAGCGAGGCGAUUAAGAGGUGCUUGUGUUUCCCAAUAGCCUGCUGGAAUAGGCUACUGAGGAUGGGGUCAUAAUUUCAAUCACUGAAUUAAAUAUUAAUAAUAUGUAUAUGAACUGAAUAUGCUUGUCAACAACAGCCAGUGUUUAUUUUUUAGAAUUUGUUUUACCUGUAGCCUAAUCUGACUACUGUUACUGUCAAUCUAACGCGUUCUAACAACUGAUCGGCAAUUGCGAAAGAGCUUUGAUAAUUUCCAAUUGAAUUAACUAAACAUGACCAUUAAUAAUUGCAUAUUAACACAAGGCUACAACAACAAUAAACUGAAGUUAUAGGCUAUUUAUUAAACUGGUUUGCCGCCAGCUCCAGGUAGGUUACACAAGUGGCACAAAUGAAUUUGCAAUGACUCCAGUGAUAUCAUUUCAUUUCAACAUAUCUAUUGUAUCAAAAAGAACCACGCGAGGGAGUUCCAUAAAUUCCAUUUCAAAUUUCCACUCCGGCAGCCUCCGAGACCCAAGAACUGAGCAUGCAUAAAACACUUCGCUUGAUACCGUUUUCUUUAAGCAGUCAACAUUGGAAUGCAGUUUAAACCACCUUGGAAUGUAUGUAAUGCGCGCACACACACACACACACGCGCGCGCGCGCGCACACACACACACACACACACACACACACACACACCCCUACGGCCCUCUCCAACACUCACUCACUCAGCACCAGCCUGCCUCCCUGCCUGACAGUCAGCAGCAGCAGGUCACAGUGAUAUAUAUGUAUAUCUAAGAGAAAUGUCAUGGCGGCCGCGGUGCAACUUCGAAAUAGGCCAAAAACCCGCAACCCGCGACAAAUCCAUUUUCACCCGCAAAAUCGUUUUCAAAGUAGCCCAAUUUCAGGAAAAUUACGAACAUGGCAACACUGCCCUCAUCCCCAAAUAUUACUCCGGUUCAUAGAUCAAAGACUGUCUGUCCCUAAAACCCGCCUAAAAAUGAUGGGUUACCUAGCGUUCUGCCCUUUCUGCCCCCAGCUGUGGAAUGAGCUUCCCCUCCACCCCCACUUCAACCUCCACACGGUCCAGACCAUCACAACCUUCAGUCUGGGCUAAAGACUCAUUUUUACCUACUGGCCUUCGUCUAAAUGUCCUUGUGGUCCAAUGUUAAACCCCCCUAGAGUUGAUUGACGCACCCGUGUGUUUAUGCUAGAUAUUUGCAGUUUCUUCUAGUGGCUGCAGCUCAAUCCCUUCUUUCCGCUGAAAUAACGUUUGCUCCUAUUCCAUAACAUGGGGCUUGUGAAAGCCGCCUUUUUCUACACAUGAGAGAAUUCGGUCAAGAAACUCCUCACCAAAUAAUCUGUAAAAUCCGAACCAUGUGAGCUACAAAUGAUUAUGUAACCAAUAUGGAAAGGGGAGACUCUCACUCUCAAGACAGUAGGCAGGUUUCCAUUGACCCAGGUUUAUUCGACAAAAGCAAUGUCGCAACAAAAAACCUUAUAGGGGUCCUAAAAUUCCAAAUCAAAUGGCUAAAUGAUACAUUUUAUGACCAUCUUAAAACAAUUCCACACGUUAGCUUAGUAGAUAUUGCGAUUUAAGGGCUUAGACCUACAGGGGUUACGUUUUAAAAGUUCUACCAUUUAGUCUUUUGUUGCCUCCAAUAGUCUAUGUUUCUUGUUCAGUAUCUCUCCUCUAUCCUUUCAAAUAAAAUACAUAUAAUUUUUCAUACAUUUUUUAAGGUUGUUGCUGUGUUCAGAGCUUUGUGAUUUCUGUCUCUACAAAUGAAACAUACAAAUAAAAUGUAGCAUUAUUUGCUUUGCUUCACAGGCCAGGUAAAUGUGCCGCUCUUGGAUCCAGAUGAGUCCUUCCACAUUGCCAUGGUGGCCCUGCAGAACCACAAGUUCCAGUAUGCCCUGCUCUGGCUCCAGGAGACCUUCAGGCAGCUGGAGGAGGGCAUCCCAGCCCUGGUGACCAGGAGAGAGGUUCUGACCUACCUGGGUCCCCUAGCCUUUCAGAUGGGCAAUCUGCCUCUAGCAUUGGAGCUAAUGCAACAGUUGCAGGAGCUGGGUAUGUGGGCCUAUGUUACAUAAAGGAGCAGUUGUUUCUCUUAUGCAAUGGUUUCAAAAACAACACAUUGAUCAUUAAUCUCUAGAGAGUGAGCCCUCUUUUCCUGUGAAGUAUUUGACCUUGUUAAUUUGAUAUCUGGACUCAAGUUUGAGAGUUAGCGAAGAUGUGCUACAUAACAGUGUGUGUCUGUCAAAACACUUCCUCCCUUUAGACCCCAGUAGCAUGCAGACCAUGGUGCACCUGGCCUACUACAGAACCCUGAGAGAGAGCAUCCAGUGUGGGAGCCAGACACAAACACCCUCAUUGCCCUCAGAUGCACCCGUGGACAUCUUAACACUAAUCAAACCAGCAAGCGAAACCUCAUACGAAUCUCUUUGCAGAGGGGAGGGCAUCAAAAUGGCAAGUCCCUCGUAAUCAAUAACAAAUAGCAACGUACUAUGAAUUGAAAUGAACAGUCUCUCCUUAACAUCCGUAACAAAGCUGGCCAUAGGUCAGCGCUCACACAAUGUUUGGUUCUGAGCUGCCAACAUGAACUUUUCCAUGAAUUCUGUACUUGUGAGUGUAUAAAUAAAAUAUGUUGUGUCUGUGCUUACCAGACCCCAAGGAGACAGAAGACAUUGCGGUGCAGGUACAGCACUGGUAGAGGCAAUCCUCGGCUCAUCUAUGCCCCUAUAAAAGAGGAGCAGGAAUGGGACCAUCCACUAAUAAUACGAUAUCAUGACCUUGUAUCUGAAAGGGAGAUUGAGACCAUAAAAAACCUAUCCAGAUCAAAGGUACUGUAGCUUGAUUUGAACCUACUAAGAAUAUAUUCACAAGUGUGUUUAUAUUUUGGACUCAAUUUUGUGUUGUGCAUUGUGACCAAGCUUGACAGAGCAAAGGUGUCAGACCAUGUCACAGGGGAAAGAUUUUCAACUGAAACCCGUGUGGCUAAAAGGUAGGUUAUUUUUAUGUUGUUAUAAAAUUUUGCAUUUUUAUUAGCGUAUUGAAACACAUUAUUCAUUAAGCAGACAGGAUGUGGUAAUGUGGAACUUCUAUUUGAAUAGCUACUUAUACACCAUAAAGCCUUUCUCUGUUUGUUUUCUAUACAUCCUCUAUUUUUGCAAAUGCCACUUGCAAAGCUUGACAAUCAGGAUCAAUCAUAGACCAAAGAUUCCGUGAUACCCUCUGACGAUAUGUGACCCUAUGACUUUGUCUAAACCCUUUGUGUUGUGUGGCCAGUGCUUGGCUGGCUGAUGAGGACAACCCUGUCAUUUCCCGUGUUACCCAGAGAAUGGCUGACCUGACUGGGCUGGACAUGAAGGCAGCAGAGAUGCUCCAGGUAGGCGACAGCUAGAGGCAGAGCUCAGGGUUAAGCCUGGGUGUUGGCUGGAGGAUAAGGUUAGGGUUAAGGGAUUAGGGUGUUGAAUUUUUUGAAUGUCUCAAAUGCCAGUUUUUCCAGGUUGCAAAUUAUGGGAUUGGGGGCCAAUAUGAACCACACUUCGACUACAAGGUAAACAUUAACAUAAUUUGACAAUGGUAUGUGUUAUUUGUUCAACAAGCAUAUUAAGUAAUAUUCUUAUGCUCCACAGCUGACCAAUGACACAGACUACAUGACGAGGGGUGGCAGGAUCGCAACCAUCUUAAUCUAUGUAAGACUGCUGUAUAUCGAUAUCUCUGGUUAAAAUGUAACACAGUAAUGAAACGUGACUGUGUUGUACAUAAUGUCUCCCUCCUCUGAUCUAUGCCAGAUGAGUGAUGUGGAAGUGGGUGGAUCGACUGUGUUCCCUGAUAUAGGCGCUGCUCUACGACCACACAAGGUACAGUCAAAGUUGAUUCAUCAUUAUCAUUAUUCAUGGUUAUAUGGGUAGUGACAGCAACGUUAAACACUAUAGGUGUCCGUGUGCGUUGUCCAAAUGCCAGCGAUGCACAACUCAGGCCCGCAGUUCUGCUGCUUUAUGGUUUUCCCUGGCACUUAACUGGUUGCACAUACCUGGUUUCUCAGGUAAAAAUCAGUCUCAUACACUAUAGAUGGUCCUUAAUGAGCACUGGAGCUGUGCAUCCUUGCCCUAAGCCAGUAAAACAUGAGUAGUGCUUGUAGAUCUGGAUUGAGGUAUGCGCAUGAACUCAUUGUUACCUGUGUCAUCUGCUAUAGGGUUCAGCGGUGCUGUGGUACAACCUUUUGCAGAAUGGAGAGGAGGAUGCUAGGACCCUACAUGCUGCAUGCCCUGUGUUUGUGGGCAAUAAAUGGGGUAAGUUCCCAUCAACACCUAUGCUUCAUAGUAUGGACAAUUACAUAGAAAAACGUUUUUUGUAAUGACAAAAGACAAAAUCUCAUCACUUAUUAUAGCAAUUUUAUUUCAAUUAAGACAUAAUAAUCCAUAUAAUAUCAACAGAAUCAUUAAAAAGCAUAUUGAGAUGUAAUAAUCAAAAUAAAAGUAUUCAAAUAAAAUAAACAUUUGCUGAAUUAAGGUUCAAUGUAUUUUUUAUAAUGUAAGACAAGGGUUUAGUAAGUGGAGUGCAUUGAUGGGACUUUAAAGCGGUAGGGUACCGGAAGACUUGAGCCAUAACAUCAGCAUUACAGUCAGACGGGAAAACAACAUAGCCUAUCAGCUGAUCAGUACAUAAUAAAGUGAAAAUGGUAUAAAGUGAUAAGAUAAUUAAAUAAUAUAAAUAGUAAAUUAGAGAUACACAAAAACGAAAUGCACAGAACUUGACUCUUAUUUCUUCCCUGGUUUUAGUUGCCAAUAAAUGGGUACGGGCCCAUGGACAGGAGUUUAGGAGAAGAUGCUCUUUGUCCCAGAUGGACUGAGACUGGAGGCAGGAUGGAUUCUCCCCACAGCUUACCUACACAUUCCUGCACAUUUUAUCAUUGUUACUCUCCUUGGCCUCAGCUGGCCACCUGGGGGAGGGACCCAGUGAAUCCCACAAAAAGCACCUUUCAAGUGUUUGUGCAGUGAAGCAGGACAAGAUGUCAACAAUACCAAGCUGACAUUUUAACCUUGUGUCACUUAGUUAUUUUUGACAUUAAUUGUCAAGGAUUAUAUGGUUAGCAGGUAGUCCAUAGAGUAGUUUACAUGAUUGAUUUGAUAAACAUUGAAAUGUGUCUCAACAUCUCUGCAAGAUCUGCAUUCUCAAUUUAAAAUACAAAUACAUUGUAGAAGACAGAGUAAUAAAAUAUUUGGACCAAGAAUCACUGUUCUUCUAUACAUACUACAGAAUAUAUAUUUUGCUUGCUGUUUUGAUUUUAGCAUCCAUUUAAUCUGCAGCACACACACACACACACACACACACACACACACACACACACACACACACACACGUGUGCACACAAAUAAACAAAGGGAGAAUAGAAGAGGUAAAAACUAAUGUAGAGGAGGUGCUACUAUAAAAGAAAGUCUGAAAAGUUCAAUUUUCUGAUCUCAUAUGUGCUGUGUAAACCCAGAUAUUAGUUUGUCAUAUAAUAUAAUCCACUGAGAUAUAUAUGAGGUCAAUUCUGAUUUUCUGUUUUUCAAUACAUAAAUUCCCACACAUAUCUAUAGUUGCCUUAAUUUGUUCCACAAAAUGGGUUGCCUGGGUGCCAGUCUGUUGCUGCUCUCUUGCCUAAUUGAAUUUUUGGCAUGACAAUGACAGCAAUGGAGUUAACAAGAGCACUAACAGAUUUGGGACCAGGUUACAAAAUGGGCACAAUGUCCCAGUGAUGCAUUGCAGUGCAGGUAAAGGCUGCAUUCAGAGAUGCUAUACAUGACUCUGAGUCUAUGUGUUCUCCACAUCACUCUGUAUAGACAAACGUCAAACUAAAAUCAGACAACGUGUGUGUGGGUGAAGAGGGUGGCUGUUUCUGGAUGGCGCCACUGCCGAAGUAAAGACUAAGCACAAACAAACAUAUUUUUUGCAUGUGCUUUUGACGCACCAGAGAUUUACAUCUUUCUCUGAGACUUCACGGCGCAUUCUCGCCCCCCGCUGUGAAGGAGAGACUAAGAACUUGUCUGGCCUGCACAGAGCCCUGACCUCAACCCCAUCGAACACCUAUGGGAUGAAUUGAAACGCAGACUGCGAGCCAGGCCUAAUCGCCUAACAUCAGUGCCCGACCUCACUAAUGCUCUUGUGGGUGAAUGGAAGCAAGUCUCCGCAGCAAUGUUUCAACAUCUAGUGGAAAGCCUUCCUAGAAGAGUAGGGGCUGUUAUAGCAGCAAAGGGGGGACCAACUCCAUAUUAAUGCCCAUGUAGUUUAUAUUGAGACAAAUUAGCCUACAGACAGUAGCCAACAAGUAGCAAAAUAGAAUAUGAAAAUGUAUUUCAAUAUGAUUGAAAUAGGCCUAUAGCCUACUCUAUUUAUAUUUUUAUGCAGUCAUCUCGGUUUUAAUUUGAAGCAUUUGUUAUAUGUCACUGGUUUGUAUAAAUUGCAAAGACAUUGUCAACUUCGUAAUUGUAGUCAACUUUGUUCUGAAGUUAUCUGCAUCACAGAGAGGGGGAUAAACCAUGUGAUUCUAUGUUUAGCGGAGAUCUUCUUUGUAUAAAGUGAUGCGGGAGCAUUUUCAAGUGCAACAUUAAUAACGAUGGUUUUGGGAUACAGCUCGGAGAUUUAAUGAUGCUCCUACCAAGGUUUUAACGUGUUUGUGAUUUAUUUAAGAAUGCAUUGUUUUUAAUUAUAAUGACCCAACCGAAGCCGGGCGGGCGGGUUGUCCUCUUUGACGCCUCGCUCAAUUAGAACAUGUCUCUAUUUUUGUAUUUUAUCGGUGGCACUGUAGUCACACAAAACAAUACAAAUGUUGUCAUUAUUCACUUUUUUCUAGCUCAUUUGAAUUGGAAGAGGUAGCCAAGGGUUGAGGCUUUACCAUACAGUGCCUUUGGAAAGUAUUCAGACCCUUUGACUUUUUCCACAUUUUGUUAUGUUACAGCCUUAUUCUAAAAAAUAAUAAUAAUAAUUUAUCCACAGCAAUCUACACAUAAUACCCCAUAAUGACAAUGUGAAAACAGUAUUUUUUUUUGUGCAUAUUUAUUAUUAUUUUAAAACAUAAAUACCUUAUUUACAUAAGUAUUCAGACCCUUUGCUAUGAGACUCGAAAUUGAGCUCAGGUGCAUCCUGUUUCCAUUGAUCAUCCUUGAGUCCACCUGUGGUAAAUUCAAUUGAUUGGACAUUAUUUGGAAAGGCACACACCUGUCUAUAUAAGAUCCCACAGUUGGCAUUGCAUGUCAGAGCAAAAACCAAGCCAUGAGGUCGAAGGAAUUGUCCGUAGAGCUCCGAGACAGGAUUGUGUCGAGGCACAGAUCUGGGGAAGAUUACCAAAACAUUUCUGCAGCAUUGAAGGUCGCCAAGAACACAGCGGCCUCCAUCAUUCUUAAAUGGAAGAAAUGUGGAACCACCAAGACUCUUUCUAGAGCUGGCCGCCUGGCCAAACUGAGCAAUCGGGGGAGAAGGGCCUUGGUUAGGGUGGUGACCAAGAACCCGAUGGUCACUCUGAUAGAGCUCUAGAGUUCCUCUGUGGAGAUGGAGAACCUUCCAGAAGGACAACCAUCACUGCAGCACUCCACCAAUCAGGCCUUUAUGGUAGGGUGGCUAGACGCAAGCCACUCCUCAGUAAAAGGCAGAUGCCAGCCCGCUUGGAGUUUGCCAAAAGGCACCUAAAGACUCUCAGACCAUGAGAAACAAGAUUCUCUGGUCUGAUGAAACCAAGAUUGAACUCUUUGGCCUAAAUGCCAAACGUCACGUCUGGAGGAAACCUGGCACAAUCCCUACGGUGAAGCAUGGUGGUGGCAGAAUGAAGUCUCUGAAUGUCCUUGAGUGGCCCAGCCAGAGCCCGGACUUAAACCUAACUAUUUAAUCCAUUUUAUAAUAAGGCUGUAACGUAACAAAAUGCAGAAAAGGUCAAGGGGUCUCAAUGCUUUCCGAAUGCACUGUAUGUUUGUCCUCUUAAGCUAUGUGCCAGAGGUACACUCCGCCACCGAGGUGUACAUAUGGUGUAGUGGAGAAACCCAGCUAAGGUACUCCUUAAAAACACGCCACUUCAAAGUGACUAUUUGUAACAGGUUAGGUUAGGAGAGCGUUUUUGCUAACCCUAACCCGUUUCCUAACCUUAACCUAAUUAUCCUAACCUGCUGCGUAAAUUCUCCUAAACUGCCACGAAAAAGUCGUAUCUGUAUCGAAGUAGCGUAUUUUUAGGGAAUCUCCCCAUCUAAGGCCUACCCUAGCCUAGACAUUUAUAUUGUUUAUUUGCCAAGCGCCUGAAAACGACUGUGAUGGCUGCCUCCACUGCAACGAACGAGACUCUAGCUGCUUAUCAUUCCUUUGUCUGUGAGCGGUUGACACCGUUUCCGUGAACGGGGGAUAGAGAGCUGAAAAGAAGAAAGAAAUUGAGAGUAAUAGCCUUCUCUUCGGGUAUAGCCGCAGCCCACAGGAUGGCGGCGCAGAGACUGCAGUUCCUGGUACUGAAGACGGUGACGAGAGCUCAUUUUCUCUGCAAGAGAAGGAGGGCGGGGUCUCGUAGCAUCAUCGCACUCAUUGUACGUCGGCUGCUGAUGCUGAGCAGUAGCGGAGAAAAAGCCCAGGGCCAUGGAUACGGUUUUAAAAACCUUAGGCCUUAA